AUGGAGGAAAACAGUAUGGAAAAAGAUGGAUUGUUAGAAGUGGAUUUAAAAAUCAAGGAAACCAAGGACCAAGAUGAAAAAGUGAUACUACCACCUGUCAAGGAGAAAGAAAAGGUUCCAAAACCAGUCAUCAAACUCCCUUACCCUCCAAGACAGAAAAAGAAAGAUCAACAUGAGAAUUUUUUUGAGAAGUUCCUGGAAAUGUUCAAAAAGCUGGAAAUAAACAUCCCUUUUUCUGAGGCAUUAGAACAAAUGCCAAUAUAUGCCAAGUUCAUGAAAGAAAUCAUCUCCAAGAAGCAUUCCACUGAUAUGGACCCGAUCAUCCUAACUGAAACAUGUAGUGCCAUUCUCCAAGGCAUGAAAAUCCCAGUGAAAAAGAAAGCCAGGGGGUCGGUUACUAUUCCAUGCACUAUUGGUGAUAGAAAAUUCAAGAAGGCUCUGAUUAACUUAGGAGCAAGUGUAAACCUGAUGCCACUAUCCGUCUAUAAAAAAUUAGGCAUUGACACUGUUCAAGAUACUCGAAUGACACUUCAGUUUGCGGAUCGCUCGGUUAGGCAACCCUAUGGGAUUGUGGAAGACGUUCUUGUAAAAAUUGACUAG